AUGAAACAGGCGCGGUACUCAAUGAAAAACACUGAGCUGCUGAUUUCUGAUGAAGUCAACAAUAAAUGUCCUUACAAAUCAAAACUGGAGGAGCAGCCAGGGGUCUCAACUGUAAAGGAAUCUAACAUUGAAAUCUCAAAGAAUGUUGUAAUUAGAGAACCUGCAAGUGUGGUUUUCAAUGUAGAUCAAACUGUACUGGAUUCAAAGCUCGAUCUACCAUGGAAGAAAAAUCUUUUUGAACGAGUGGAGGCAAGAGCUCAAGCAAUGCAGCAGAAAAUAUUAGCUAAGGAUAAACUGAAAAAAGAACUAGAAAAAAAAGCUGAGAGAAAAAUCCCUAAGGAAACUUUGGCCAGAGAGUGGUUUAAUAUUGACAAUAUGACCCUGAAUACUCGUGCGUAUUUGCUUGACAAACUUCUACCCACCUUAGUGGUUGGAAUGGAAAAUAUGUUAAUGCAAGUGGAAAAAAAGAAGCUUUUGUCAGAAGCUGAUAUUCCAACUAAGUUUGAUCCAAUUAUUUAUUUGGGGGAAUAUUUAAUGAGAAAUAAUCCUCUUUAUAUCAAAGACUCAGGAAUGUCUGGUUAUCAGAGGGAGAUGAAAAAUGUCACAGAAAAUCUGAAGAUACAUAUUACCAACACUAUCUGCAACAGAGUAUCCAGGAUGAAGGAGAAGAUUAAAGAGAAACAAGAACAAAGAGAAACCAUAAGCCAAGUCAAAGUCCAGGUGGCCAACCUACGGAAACAGGCUCUGCAGGAGCAGUUCAAUGAAUGGAUUCUAGACCCUAAGGGAACGAUUCCUAUGAAAGUGAUUCAGAAUGCUCUUCAUGAUUUUUUUCAAAAUCCAGAUUUCAAGCUUGGUAAGCAUGCCAAUUACUACAAAACACUUUUCAAACAGUUGGAUAUUGCUGACUCAAUGGACCAAAGAUUGAACAAAAUCGAAUUUAUAGAAUACGUCUCUUCGCACAUUGCAGACUUGAAAAGUGAAAUAUUUGAAGAACUCCUUAAGCACCUUUGCCACAGUGCAGAUGAAUUCCGGGAGGUCGUAAGAACGGAUAUGCGGAGGCAAAUGUUUGUUGAACUCUUCCUGCACUGUGACUGUGGGAAGGUAGGGUUUUUGGAUCGGCAGAGGACAUUGGCCUUGCUGGAAACGUUCUAUGACCAAAGUCCAAAAAUGCUUAGACGUUUACUCCGAAACCCAAGACAAUGGCCACUCAUUGAAUUUGAAGAGAUAGAGUUGCCUGAGUUCUGGGGAGACAUGGAUAAUCAGAAACACAUUUAUGAAGACUUUGACAAUGUGUACUUAGAGAUGAAUGCAUCACUGUCUGAAAAAAAUGCUAGUAAAAGACAAAGUAAAUUGCUCAAAAGACCAGAAGAGCUACAUAAAUAUGAUAAACAUAAAAAAUCAACACUAUUGCCGAGCCUACCAGAACAGCAGGGGGGAGCAAUUGCAGGACAAGACCCAGACAAAAUUUUAAGUGAAGGUCUAAACUCAGAGUCAAUAACAGCACAAGGACAGCAGAAAGGGGCAGCAGUGCGACCAGGAUCACGCAGAGGGUCACGCAAAAUGUCAGUAAUAGAAGAACCACAAAAAGAUUCAACUGCAGAACGAGGAUCACGCAGAGGAUCACGCAGAAUGUCAGUAAUAGAAGAACCACAUAAAGGGUCAAAAGAAGAGCCAAGCAGAGAGCCAGCAGCAGAACAAGGAGUACCGAGAGAGGCAACUGUAUUAGAAGAAUCACUCAGAGAGUCGGGAAUAGAAGGAUCCAGCAGAGAGUCAGAAGCAGAACAAGGAGUACAGAGAGGGGCAACUGCAGAAGAAGGGUUUAGAGAGUCACGAAGAGGAUCACGCAAAGGAUCACGCAGAAUGUCAGUAAUAGAACCAUAUAAAUUGCCCACUGAAAGACUAGAAUCACCCGGAGAGUCAGUAGCAGAACCAGGAUCACAAAGAGGGUCAACUGAUGAAGAACCUCUUAAAGAGCCAAUAACACGAAGAGGAUCACGCAGAGGAUCACGCAGAAUGUCAGCAGUAGAAGAGCCAUAUAAAUGGCUCGCUGAAAGACAUGAAUCACCCGGAGAGUCAGUAGCAGAACCAGGACUGCAAAGAGGGUCAACUGCAGAAGAAGCACCUUCCAGAGAGUCACUAACAUCAAAAGGGUCACGCAGAGGAUCGCACAGAAUGUCCUUAACAGAACCGCAUAAAGCGUCAACUGAAGAACUAGAAUCACUCAGAGAGACAAUUCCAGAGGAACAGGACAUAGCCUCAACUUCACAAUCAAGGGAAGGUAAUAUCUUAAAAGAAAGUAAAACAUCUAGGGAGGUUACUUCCUUUGUGCACACUGAAAUCCUUCCACAAGAAGAGAAUACUCAGGAGCAAAUACAUGAAGGGAAGCUAUUCAUGAUUUCUGAACUACUGCAAGAAAAAGAUUAGCAUUUUCUUUUGUACCUUUUAGAAACUGCAAAGAAGAAAGUUGAGAAAGACAAAGCCUGUGAACCCAAGUCCCAAAACAUAGAAGGAAAGCCAUGGCCAGGUGAACUUUUGACUUGUGACUUGAAGAAGUAUGUAAAAUGCGAAGAUGAGGAACAGGCAAAAUUAAUCUAUGAUAACUCCAGAUUCACAGACCUACAUUCAAUUAUCAGAAAUAUUCAGUCUUACAAAGAAGUGAAAGGAAGGAGUGCCUUCAAUGGAGUUUCCCUUAAUCUGCUCCAGUUUGUGCAACUCCUAGAGACAUUUGUUGGUGAAGAUGCCCCCUUGAGUACCAGUGAGACCCUCACCUCCUUUUUCAAGUGGGGCUAUGCUGAAACAAAAGAAGAGAAAAUGAGUGACUUGGAAGAGGCUAUACGAAACACUUCCCAAAUUCGACGGGGACUUCUCCUAGAAGCCCUCUUUCAGUUGUGGGACAGUGAUGCCUCAGGCUUCCUAGAUCUGAAUGAAGUUGAUGAACUCUUGUAUACAUACAAGGAGGGAAUGGAAAAAGAAGCUAUGAAGACAGCUAAAUUACACAUCCAAUUUCCAAAGCCACACCCUGGUCAAGAAGUGAGGUUGUCUUCAAAACAGUUUCAGAGAUACAUAGAAUUGGUUGUAUCUGAACUCAGGGGCAAUGAAGACCAGGUUCUGGAAAGCCUGGUGGAGUUUCUGAUGACCAGCUUAGAAAGAAGCCAUUUUGAGGGUCUGAGGAACAGUGCCAGACGGAAGUGGCUGCACCAAAUUCAACAUGCUGCAGAAACAAGCGGGGUAUCCCUGGAGCCAGUGUACACUGAGACCUUUAAGGCCCUCACACAGGAUGCUCAAGUCCAUGGAAAUAAGAAGAUCAGUGCUCACAUUUCCCUCUUAGAAGAAAACCGACUACUGCCUCAUAGAGGGGCUGUUCUAUUAAGGAAUGUAGCUUGUACUUUAGAUGAUGCUCCAUUUGUACUGAACAAAGUGCUCUACAGGGACAUGAAGGGAAUCAGCUUUACAGUGAUAGAUAAAGGGAAGCCAGUACAUGUCCCUCAAGUUCAGCACCAUGGCAACAUUUUCUUCUGGAACGAUUCCCGCAAGGAGAAUGAUAAAAAUGGAUCAUUCUUGGCUCUGCCUCUUCAGAAUGCAUAUAUGAGGAUCUUUGGGGUCCUGGCUGUUGACACACUAAGAGAUCCCCAGAAAAUAAACAUCUUCUUGCCUCAUGAGAUCAAAUUCUAUCAGGGUUCAGACUAUGUUUUACGCAAUAUGAUGGUCACAGGGCCCCUAGGUCUAACAGAAAUCCACAAAAAUCCCCCUACCGUCUUCAGGAAGACAUGCAUCUUCAGGGAUUUCCUUUUUAAGUGUACAGACAGUUCAGAAGUUCUUUUGGCCUCUGUCUGUGGAGAAAACCACAUCGCAAUUCCACUUCGUGAGAGAACAGGAGAGGCUCUGGGGGCUCUCGAUUUUAACAUUGGCAAGAGGAAGAUGUUGUUUUAUCGAGAAUUUAAAGAUCUACAGAAAAUGGUGAAGGUGACCCAAGCUGCCUGCUAUGAAAUACUGGACGAGUUAUCUGGAGAAAAAGAGAAAAAUCGUAUCUUAGAGAUUGAAAAUGCAGGAGAAGUCCAGCAGGCAGGAGUUCUCUUCUUCCGAAUCAUGCUGCAAGAGCUGCAGAAAAGCCUUCGGCAGCUUACCUCUAUGGACUUUGUAUCACUGUUGCUCUAUGAUUACCGUUCUGCAAUACAGUCAAAUAAAUCUCUGACAGCCAGCCAGUUACAUGAGCUGGAAACCAAUGCAAAACUAAUACCUGACAUCCUGACAGCGGUUAUCUUGUUCAUUCAUCCAGAGUUGGAAUCAUCACAUGAAUUAGAAAUUUGGGAUAAAUGUAAACUGUACUUUAACAAACACUUAGUUGAGAGUAUUUGUGCCUUUGAUCCAACUGCGAAGAAUGUAAAAGUUAAUUUGAAGCUCAUUGGUAACUAUCUCAAAGGUCAUUCCCGAAUCAAUGUGUGGAAAUCGCAUAGUAUUGUCAUGGAGUACCUAUACCAUUGGUCACACAUCUGUUUAGCUCUCAUAGAACUAAAGAUAAAACUAAAUGGUGCUAUUAUACCCCCAUUGCCCUCAAAGACUGACUCCUGUGUGUAUGCAAAAAUGCCAGGUGCAAGCUUGCUAGGUAAAUGCUAA